CUCCUCCUUCUUUCGACCCACUAAGUCACUAACCCUGUCGCCUCCAUAUCUAACUCCUUUCGACGCCGCUGUUUACACAGGCGACGUUUGGGUUCAGAUCUCGGCUCCGCUUCUCCCCCCACUCUCUCUCUUGCUUCUCUAUCAGAUAUGGCCGGUGAUGAUGCAAAAAAGGCCAAGGCUAAAGCUAGUGGUGGCGGCAAAAAGAAGGAGGUAAAGAAAGAGACUGGGUUAGGGCUUUCCUUCAAGAAGGAGGAGAACUUUGGAGAAUGGUAUUCAGAGGUGGUUGUCAAUGCUGAAAUGAUUGAGUAUUAUGAUAUCUCUGGCUGUUAUAUUUUAAGACCAUGGACGAUGUCAAUAUGGGAGAUCAUGCAAGCUUUUUUCGAUUCGGAAAUUAAGAAAAUGAAAAUCAAGAACUGUUACUUCCCUCUUUUUGUAUCUCCUGGCGUUCUUGAGAAGGAGAAGGAUCACAUAGAAGGUUUUGCUCCAGAGGUAGCAUGGGUGACGAAAUCUGGUAAAUCUGACUUGGAAGUGCCUAUUGCAAUUCGUCCAACUAGUGAGACUGUUAUGUAUCCGUACUACUCUAAGUGGAUUAGGGGACACCGUGACUUGCCUUUGAAACUUAACCAGUGGUGCAAUGUUGUUCGAUGGGAGUUUAGUAAUCCUACACCAUUUAUCAGGAGUCGUGAGUUUCUUUGGCAAGAAGGGCAUACUGCUUUUGCAACAAAGGAAGAGGCAGACACGGAGGUCCUCGAAAUAUUGGAACUAUACAGGCGUAUAUAUGAAGAGUUCUUGGCAGUUCCUGUUAUAAAAGGCAAAAAAAGUGAAAUGGAGAAAUUUGCUGGUGGACUUUACACAACAAGUGUCGAGGCGUUUAUUCCAAACACAGGUCGUGGUAUACAAGGUGCAACUUCUCAUUGUCUGGGCCAAAAUUUCGCAAAAAUGUUUGAGAUUAACUUUGAAAAUGAGAAGGGAGAGAAGUCCAUGGUCUGGCAGAAUUCUUGGGCAUAUAGUACUCGAACGAUAGGGGUAAUGGUGAUGGUUCAUGGGGAUGACAAAGGCUUGGUGCUACCACCUAAAGUGGCCUCUGUUCAAGUUAUUGUAAUUCCAGUGCCUUAUAAAGAUGCUGAUACUAAGGGAAUCUUUGAUGCAUGUGCUGCAACUGCUGAAACCUUGUGUGAAGCAGGUAUCCGCGCUGAGACUGACUUCAGAGAUAAUUAUUCUCCUGGCUGGAAAUAUUCGCAUUGGGAAAUGAAAGGGGUUCCUUUAAGGAUUGAAAUAGGUCCUAAAGACUUGGCAAACAAUCAGGUACGCGCUGUUCGCCGUGACAGUGGAGCAAAAUUAGAUAUAAGCCGGGACAGUUUGGUUGACCAAGUGAAAACUAUGCUUGACAACAUUCAUCAAAGCCUGUUUGAUGCUGCUACACAAAAGCGGGAUGCCUGUGUCCAAGUGGUCAAAACUUGGGAUGAAUUUAAGGAGGCUCUCAGCCAAAGGAAAUUGAUAUUAGCUCCUUGGUGCGAUGAGGAGGAGGUGGAACUAGAUGUUAAAGCUCGAACAAAGGGUGAGAUUGGAGCGGCAAAGACCCUCUGUUCCCCAUUUGAUCAGCCAGAACUCCCAGAAGGUACCAAAUGCUUUGCCUCGGGGAAGCCUGCAAAGAAAUGGACCUACUGGGGAAGGAGUUACUAGAUUAUGAGGAGGUAAUCUUUGCAAAGUUGCUUGAAUACGCACAAUAGGGAAUUGCAAGUGAGAAGAUAUCUCUAUUACUGCAAUGAAUGGUGGGGUACACUCAUGGGUUUUCUUUACCGGAAAAGAUCGAGUUACUACAUUUUGUCCUUUUCUACACAUGAUUACUUAUUGUUGGCCCCAACUGUUGCUCACCCAGCCUUUGCCAUCACAUUGGAGAUAAUUAUAGAUUUUCCAUCUACCUUUUUGAUUGUUCCUUAACAUUUCUUGGUGGAAGAUGCCCGGCAAAACUAGAUAAAGGCAGCGAAUAUAACUCUGUGGCAAGUCAUCUGGAAAGCUGAUUACGGUUCUUUCUUCAA